CAACGUGUCCACGUACAAUUCGUUGGUGAAGGGGUUUGUCAAGAGUGGGGAUGUCGCGGGCGGGAGUAGGAUCUUGAAGGCGAUGAUUGGGAGGGAGAUUCUUCCCACUGCCACCACUUACAACUACUUCUUCAGGUACUUUGCCAAAUUCGGCAAGAUUGAAGAGGGUAUGAAUCUCUACGAUAAAAUGGUCCGAUCUGGGUAUGAGCCGGACAGGUUAACUUAUCAGUUGCUGAUCAAGAUGUUGUGUGAGAACCAGCGGCUGGAUUUGGCUGUGCAGAUGAUUAAGGAGAUGAACCAAAAUGGGUUUGAUUCUGAUCUUGCUACGAGUACAAUGCUAAUUCAUUUGCUUGCCAGACUACGGAGAUAUGAUGAGGCUGUUGACGAGUUUGAGGGUAUGAUUAAAAGGGGGAUUGUGCCUCAGUAUAUUACUUAUAGAAUGCUGGUGAAGGAGCUUAAGAGGUUAGGGAUGGAUGAAAUGGAGAGGAAGGUGUCAAAGUUGAUGGAUUCGGUGCCACAUUCUACUAAGUUGCCACGAUCUUAUAGGGAGAGGGAAGGGGAUGAGGUUGUGUCUUUGAGGAAGUCAAUCAUAAAGAAGGCAGGAGUUAUUUCAGAGACUCUUAGGGUCUAUAAAGAUACAAAGGAGGUGAAUAAGGUGAAGGAGUCAGGGGAGAGUGCGGUUGAGAGUGCUAAUAGGUUGAUUGCUGAUAUUAAGAGGAGAGUGUAUGCUGUGAAAUCUGAGUAAAGGAGAUCAUGAGGAGAGUAUGUGCAGUUAAUAUCAGGCAGUCAAUUAUGAGCGCUUGAAAGGAAAAGAAAAGCUGCGCCACAUAAAAUUAGUAAACUGAAAGAUGAUCAAUUGUACAUGGAAAUGGCAUCCUGCACUUGCCUCGGAUAGUUCUACUAAUUGUGUUGGAGAAGUAUCAGGUGAAGACAAGGAGUCUGAGGCAGCUUACUUCUACUAUAGUCUUUUUGAAACAUGAGCAUCUUCAUCCGAUCAUUGGUUAUGCUGAGGAUUUCGAGAUUCUAGGAGACUGAGGCAGUUUAUUUUUACCGAGGAUAAGUGAACUAGUACCAUGCUGCUCCUGGAUGUGCGAUCCCCGUGAUUGAUAUCUAAAAUUCUAUGCACCUUCUUGCACAAGUCUCCUGGGAUGCAAAGAGCUCUGAUAUCAAAUGUUGGGAGUGGAAUAGCUCUCGUACCAAUUAUUGAAAUUAGAAGAGUAGUAAAAGUUUUGCCUCUUCCGUGUAUGUAAGACAACUUGAUGAACCAUGUUAAAAGUUUUUGUUUGUGUGACAGUGUUCGUUUUAUUUGUUCAUCAUCAAGGUGUUUUCGAUACUCUGACCAAAUCGCAACAAAGUCAUGCGUACACAUUUGAUCGGUGGGGCGCCAAAGCAGCCGCAUCAUAAUUGGUGGUGCUGAGCCUGAGGCUAAUCUGGGAUGUCUUUCGUAGCCAGAAUGUUAAGGAGCGCAAAUGAAAGCUACAGGAGCCUGAAUAGAAAAAAGUGAUAAUGUCAGUUGUUGUAGUUUAGGAACUCAAGGAGUUGCAGAGUUUUUUGGAUACUGAAUUCAUUGUCUGAUUCUGUUGUCUGAUAAAAGUGGUCUCAAAGGGUAAUCAAUUCCUGUGUUUGGUGAUUUUAUUACAUA